AUGGUGUUCAAGGGUCAUCUUUCUGAGUCAAAUUCGAGUCGAGGCGAUGGUUCCUACGCCCGUAACAAUUACACCUGUCCCCCGUGUCCUGAGUGCAUCAGUUACCCUAGUGAUAAAAUCAAUCCAUUAUCACCGAGGGGCAGGGGUGGUGGCGGGGGCCCGCGAGCAUGCGCCACCCCCGUCAUCAUAUUGACCUCAGCCUCACUCUACCUCCGGAUCCAGCGGCCGAGCAAGAUGGCUGGCUUGACAUGCGCUCUCCUGGUGGUGCUCAGUGCAGUCUGUGUCCUUGCCAUCCCCUCAAGUCUUCUCACAGAGGUCAAACAAGCGGAGAUGUCUCACGCCAGGCUGCCCAACAAGGUGAAACGAGCUCAGGAAGUGAUCAUGUUUGGAAACCAGCAGAACCGAGGUGGGGAUGGGCGCAAUAUGUACGCCCUACCCCGGACUGAGAAGAGAGGAAUACAGCUAGAUGACGAGAGUCUACCAUCAGAGUCAGCCACGGACCAGCCUCAAGCUAUUUAUCCUUCAGAGGACGAUGAGGCGGUGGAAGAACCUAAGGUGCUGGCUCGGUACGAUAAGAACUACCGUGGCGAGCCGGAGUACGCACAGAGACUACAGAACUCGGUCCUCAAGCCUGAGUACUACACUGAUCCAGCUACGCUGACAGAUCUGAGAUAUUACGACCUGGACGAGCGACGCAAGAGAGAGACCUUCAGGACUCCAUCGAAGCGUAGCAGCCGCGGCCUGACCUCCGGGCGGGCAAAGAGAGAUCUCGACCUGGACCCUGAGGAAUUGCUGGCCCUGCUCACGUACUGGGAGAACGAGCGUCGAAAUAAACUCCAACAGAGCAGAAACAUGUACAAUCAAUACAGCAUGAUGGACCCUGACGACAAUUCAGAGGGAGAAAAUGAUUUAGUUGAAGAAGACGAACCUAGGCCUGAUGGUUGGAUGGACGGCCCUGUGUCCCUUCCUUCCCGCCAUUUCAGUGCUGGGGGCGAGCCCUGGGGCCGCCAGAGGUUCUCUGACGACCGCCGCAAACGGUUUAUGGUGUCCAAAAGACGUUCCCAGGAUGGGGAAAUGUAUUCACUUGCUCAGCUCCUGAAUGGACCCCAGAGGGACUUGGCUACACCUGUGUUUCGUCGUUAUGUCCUUUGAGCACUGAUGUAAAUGUGUACAGCUUGAAGGUGAUUCACCAUUUAUGUCAAUCCUAAUAACUCGUUGUUCGAUGCUCUAAAUGUUGUAAACGUAACACACAACAAUGGACUUUCAUUAUAUCUCUUAUAUAUUUUAUCAGAUUUAAUAUAUCAAUAAACUGUGAUCCCUAAUUUUGGAA